GGCGAACCGGAUGUUGUCCGAAUGUCAAAGAUGGCGGUUCCCAUGCACUGACGGUAUAUAACGUUGUAUCACCUCCCAUGUCGCGGUAGUUUCUUUUCUACGAGAGUAAAAGAGCCAGUUUCCAUGGUUGUUAGGGACACACCGCGUUACCAGGCACAUUGACUUUGAUUGAUGAGGUGAACACAGUCGAGGAGGAGGAGAUGGCUUUGAGUGAACUCACUCGCAGUGUACGGCGGCUGGUAGGUCAAAUUCACCGAUGUCGUCCGGUCACCCAGACAGCUCGGUGUCUGAGUCAGGGAGCCUCUCAGCCGGAGCCCAGCGCAGAUGAAAAUGAAGACGUGAACCCGACCUUUGUGAACAGAAACCCCCGGAACCUGGAGCAGAUGGCCCUGGCUGUGAAGGACCGGGGCUGGAAAACGACCUGGCCCCACCGCCAUUUCUACCACAGGUUGGAGUUUUCUCGCUCCCAGCACCAUGUGACAGCUAAGGUGUUCUCCAGCAGCUCACCUAACCCGGUGCUUACCUGUUCGACCAAAGAGUGGGCACUGAAGAGGGAGCUGCCUUCCACAAACUGUGUGGCAGCGUGUCAGGCUGUGGGCGAGGUGCUGGCACAGCGAUGCCAGCAGGCCGGCAUCACCAGGAUGGUGUACAGGGAGAUUCCCUGGACAUACCGCUCUGAUGCUGUUCAGUCUUUCAGGGCAGCAAUGAAAGAGGGAGGAGUCAUUCUCAGUGAACCCAGAAGGAAAUACAUCGAUACCUGAAUUUAUCUGUCAUCUUAUUACAUCUGUUGUUUUGCAAAAAACAUCCUGUGUAUCCCUUCCUCUCGGCUCUUUUUUAAUUAUGACUGUACCGAUAUCAAGAUGACGAGCGCUACAGUGAAGGACGAUAUAAAGAGAAUCAAAAUGAGUGAUGAGAGUAAGGUUGCUUGUCCCUGUGCUUUGUCUCUUGUGGAUAAAAUGUUUCUGAACAGA